UAAAACUUUGGAUUUCCAUUCAAAGGCAUUGACAUAUAUUAUAAGUACAUAUAUAUCGAUGUUCAAAGGCAAUUUGUUUUCUAUCGAAUAUAAUUGUUACUGCUGAUUAAUGUCACUCCUAGAAGAUAUAUUCUUGCAAGAUGAAGCCGACGAGGCGCAGGAACUGGAAAGAGUUAUCGAAGGUGAUGAAUAUGAUGAGAGACCCCGGUCUCGGUCUGCAACACCAGACAGCGAUGAUAACGGACCAAAAGAUGAUGAAGCAGAAGAAGAUAAGAGACGGGUGGAUCCAUCAUCCACCAAAGCCAAGAGAGUAAUAAAGAAUCCCAGGUUUAUUCUGAAUCCAGCUCGUCUAACAGGCCCAAGAGGCAUACAGAUAAUACCUGAUCACUUCAAGGAUUUUAAGUUUAAAGGCAAAGGUCAUGAGAAGGAAGACUUAGAUAUUGUUCUAAAGAAGCUGGAACACUGGGCAUACAGGUUGUACCCUAAGUUCCAGUUUGAAGACUGCCUGAAGAAGAUUGAGACUCUAGGCAAGAAGAGACCUGUUAUGGUGCACCUCCAAAAAAUCCGCACAGACCAGUUCCUAUCAGAAGAGACGGUAGUACAGAAGGACUCCAGCGAUGAGGAAACCCAGCCGCCUCAAGAAGAGGAUGAGUUUGAUAAGCUGUUGCAGCAACAAAUUGAACUGGCUAGAGCUACUCCUGCACCAGGGUCUGUCAAGAAAGUCUUGGCUACUCCCAUGAAGGACAGAUCUCCAUUCACAAUGCCCAAAGCCACCUCCUCACCGUCCAUAAGUGACGAACAGAAAGAAAGAAUGAUAAGAAACAGAAGACUAGCUGAAGAAAGACGUUUAGCUAGACUAAAACAAGCUUCCCUAGACACCAGUAACAAACAAGAUUCUAACAACAUCAGUCAAAUCAUAGAAGUAGAUGAAGAAUUAGAAACCAGUGUCACAGCUAAGAAAAACAAUAGGUCUCAUGUUAUAGAAAGCUCAGAUGAUGAAUGUGAUGUCACAUCAGUUAAUCAGUCUGUGGCUGUUGAUGUACAUAAUGGAACAAACUUUAAUGAAACAGCUAAUAAAAGUAAUAAGGAUAUAAAUGGAGCAUCAAACUCUGUACAAACAAAUCUAGAUGAUAUAGAAAUGGAUACCAAUGAAAUCAUAGAAAUAGCUGACACUGAAAAAAGUAAAGAUAAAGAAAUAAGUAAUCUUAAAGUAUCCAAUGAUGUUAUAGAGAUCAAUGAUCCAUUUGAAACAUUAAAGAGAGUUCCUCAAGAAAAUAGUAACAAAGACACUGAUGUUAGUGAGGUUAUUGAAAUAAAUUAUCAAAAUGACAAAGCUAGUCCAACAAGAAACAUUAAUAAUAUAGGAUCAGACGAUGUAAUUGAAAUACCUGAUCCAAAUGACAAACCUACUAACAUAGUGAACCGAAAUAAAACAAAUGCCAAUGAAAUUAUCGAGAUAAAUGAUCAGGCUGUUAAUAUUGAUGAAGAAACUACUUUAAGUAAAAUUAUUGAAGUAAGUGAUAGCAAGAAAACUGAAAAUGAACCUACAAAUAUUGUGGAAAUACCUGAAAAUGAAAACUUAGUACAAGAAGGAUCUGAAACAGAUGUAGUUCAAAAAGAUUCUAAGUUACAAACAAAUGAAGGUGCUUCGGAAAAAGAUGACAAAAUGGCGGAUGAAGUAAUUGAAGAUAUAAUGGAUGUUGAUUUUAGUGAUGAUUUUUGAGCUAGAAUAAGGUUAAUCAUGUUUUAUGUAUUUCUAGGAUAAGUUUG